UAUCUUGAUGAGAACAAGUCUCUAAUUCUGAGGAUUGUGGAGAACCAAAACUCAGGAAAGCUGAGUGAAUGUGCAGAAGGUUCUAAUGAAGGUUGUGAGUACGGAGGAGGAGGAGGGAUUUUGCCUUCUUCCUAUUCCUCCUAUUCAUAUCUUCAGCAGCAGCAGCAAAUGGCAACGACUACUACUCCUCAGUCCCUAAUAAUGGCUGCACAACAACAGCAACAGCAAAAUCGGUCUUCAUCGUCUAUGUACUAUGCCUCCCCUUACCAGCAGGCGGCAGCUGCCUCAUCUUCAUCCUCUGGAGCUCUUAUGCUUCAAGGAGACCCACACUUGGGUGGAAGUAGCAGCAGCAAUAGCAAUAGGGGUUUGGCGAAGCUGGAAGAUAGCUACUUCAAACGUGGGGACGAUGCCAACUGA